CAGCAUUAGCUUUCACUGAGUGCAGCCAUCGCGCGAUUCUCGGACAGAUGGUGGCUGGCGCAACAUGCCUACUAGGAACUCUCGCGGCAGCAGCCAACGUCGCACCAGGGCACAUCGCGGCUUGACGUGCUCCAACUGCCGCGCACGCAAGACACGCUGCGACAGAGCGCAGCCGACAUGCAAGACGUGCGAAGUCUACGGCGACUCUUGCCAGUACGAGAAGAUGCCGCCCAUGUCGCAAGUCCUCGCCAUGGCCGCGAGGCUCCAGGAGGCCGAAAACACCAUUGCCGAGCUACGGCAGACGCUCGAUCGUCGCAGUUCAUUGGGCCCAGAGGAUACCGCUCAGACCGAGAGGAGCAGCAGCCAGGCCACGCCUUACCCUCGCCCCAUCCCAGCCCGCCCGUUUAGUCCAGAAGAGAUGCGCUCCGAUCUCAGUCUCGACGAGAAGGGCCAGCUCUGCUACCACGGGCCGACCUCUGCUGUGCAUGACCCGCCUGCGCUUCAUUCCGGCUCGCCUGAUGCUGUGGUCGGCACGAGCCGGGUAUCUGAUUCGGAGGUGCGCAGCUUGCUCACUUCCAAUGCUCAGGAGUCACGGGCCUGGGAGGAGUUCGCCCUUGGGAAUGCCGCUCUUCAGACGGAUAUUCCCCAAGCCGUUAUCUCGCAGCUACUGCAGAUACACUGGACUUGGAUCGCCCCGAAUUUUAUGUGGGUAUAUCGUCCGGCUUUCAUACGCGAUAUGGUGACGGGUGGCCAGUACUACUCACCUUUCCUGCUCACGGUCCUGUGUGCGCAUGCCGCGCGAUUCGGACAAAGCGAGAUGCGGGACCUGCUGGUAUCUCGCGCUCGCCUCCUUCUCGGCACCGAGAUCCACAAGACUAGCUCCAUACCGACUGUUCAGGCUCUAUUGCAGCUCAGCGCACGAGAUCUCGCCUAUGGCUCCGUCUCGCAGGCUUGGCUUUAUAGCGGCAUGGCCUUCAGGAUGGUCAGCGACCUUGGCCUGCACCACAACCACGCGAAGCUCCUCGCUCUUGGACACCUUACCGCCGAGGAUCUUGAAAUCCGCCAGAGACUCUUCUGGAGCUGUUAUUUCUGGGACAAGGCCAUUAGCCUCUACCUGGGUCGAAUGCCAGCUCUCUCAGACCUCCCUAUCCAUCAUACCCCCGAGCUCCUGGACGACUUCGCGGAAAACGAGCUUUGGUCUCCUCAUCACGGCGAGUCCCUGAACCUCAGCAAAGUCUCCGUUGGAGAGUAUCCGCCCUUGAAGACGCACGCCAUUUCCUGCUUUCAGAACUCGUGCAAGCUAGCUGUCAUCAUCAACGACAUUAUUCUACGCCUAUACUCCCGCGCCACGGUCCAUAACGCGGAUCAAGCCCUCAACGACAUCAAGCAGCGGCUAGAUGAAUGGAGGUCACGGACGCCGGACCACCUGAAGCUGGACCCACUACGUCUUCCCAAUGUGUGCCCCCCAACGCACAUCCUUGCUCAGAAUAUGUUGUACUACGCGACUAUCAUCCUGCUGCAUCGGCCAUUCUAUUCCACUCCAGCGCAUCACCUCCAAUGCCGGAACGCGUCUCACUGCUUGGAGAAGCUCGUACUUAUCCUCGAGAAAACCUUCGGCGUGACUAGACUCACUUACCUCAUCGCGUAUUGUAUUUACACGGGUGCGUCGAUUAUUGUGCCAGAUGUCAAAGCCGGCGACCUCGAAGCAAGCACGAAGAUGCAGACUUUCCUACGGGCGCUCCAUGGUGGGGUCGCUACCUGCCCGCUUGUACAGAGAAGCAUAGACAUCAUCACGAACAGCCUUGAUCCCGAAAGGGAAGAACUUGAGACGCCGAGAGGCCCCGCUGCGCCAGCAGAAGAUGUGGCCUCCGGUCGCUAUCUACCCGCCUUUCCCUUUCCUGAUACGCAGUCGGCCUUUAGCGUUGAGCCAACGGUGGGAGGCCUGGAUCUUGAUGCUUUCACUCUGCUCGAUUGCUUUCCCGAGUAUCACACUACCAGUGCAGAGGCAGAGUGGUAUAUGCCUUGAAUAGAUGAGGGCAGAAGUGACGUAGUCUUUUGUUCAUACUAUAUGCACUACUUGUCAUCGUACUGCCACAGGGCUCUUGGGUUGUCUCUCCAGAUCUUGCGGAUUAGAUUCUCCCCAGAAACAGCCCGACACCAGGAUUUGCAGCGGUCAACCCAUGCCCUGUCGUCUAUCUUCCGGUACUCUUGGAUCGCAUUGCAGUCUCCACCCGGGUUGGCUUGGGCGCCUCCGCUAUGUGGCCAGUCACUUGCCCAGACAACCCGGUUGGGAGCGAUACGCAAGACAUCCAUGAUGUAUUCCUCGAGCCCGGGGACCUUAUCAAACCGGUAUGUUCC